AGAGAAGGUUUGCCCGUCUCCAUCAGUUUGCGCUGUCAAUGGCUUGCUGGACGUAUUCUAUUUGAAUGCCUGGGCUUUUUACAUUUUUGUACUAAGAUACCCGCGCAAUGAUGGAUAUCUUAUGGAUUUUAUGGAUACUACUACCCUCUGUGUGGACCGUAGAAGAAAUGUUAAUGGACUCCACAACAGCAACGGCCGAGCUGGGCUGGACUGUGUAUCCCACAUCAGGGUGGGAGGAGGUGAGCGGAUACGAUGAGAACAUGAACACCAUCCGCACCUACCAGGUGUGCAACGUCUUCGAGAACAGUCAGAACAACUGGGUGCGCACCAAGUACAUCCGUCGCCGUGGCGCCCAGCGCAUCCACGUGGAGAUGAAGUUCUCGGUGCGCGACUGCAGCAGCAUCCCCAACGUGCCCGGCUCCUGCAAGGAGACCUUCAACCUGUACUACUACGAGUCUGACUCGGACACCGCCAACAAGGUGUCCCCGGCCUGGAUGGAGAACCCCUGGAUCAAGGUGGACACCAUCGCGGCGGACGAGAGCUUCUCGCAGGUGGACCUGGGCGGGCGGGUGAUGAAGAUCAACACGGAGGUGCGCAGCUUCGGGCCCGUGUCCCGCCACGGCUUCUACCUGGCCUUCCAGGACUACGGGGGCUGCAUGUCGCUCAUCGCCGUGCGCGUCUUCUACCGCAAGUGCCCCCGCGUGGUCCGCAACGGCGCCGUGUUCGGGGAGACGCUGUCGGGGGCGGAGAGCACCUCGCUGGUGGCGGCGCGGGGCGUGUGCGUGCCCAACGGCGAGGAGGUGGAUGUGCCCAUCAAGCUGUACUGCAACGGCGACGGAGAGUGGAUGGUCCCCAUCGGCCGCUGCAUGUGCAAGGCUGGCUACGAGGCGGUGGAGAACGGGACUGUCUGCAGAGCUUGCCCCUCUGGCUUCUUCAAGCCAUCCCAGGGAGACCAGCCUUGCCUCCAGUGUCCCAUCAACAGCCGCACCACCAACGAAGGCGCCACCAGCUGUGUCUGCCGCACCGGCUACUACCGCACUGACUCGGACCCUUUCCAGAUGCCCUGCACCACGAUCCCCUCCGCGCCGCAGAGCGUGAUCUCCAGCGUCAACGAGACGUCCCUGAUGCUGGAGUGGACGUCGCCGCGGGAGAUGGGCGGCCGGGAGGACGUGGUCUACAACAUCAUCUGCAAGAGCUGCGGGACGGGGCGCGGGGCCUGCACGCGCUGCGGGGACAACGUGCAGUUCGUCCCGCGCCAGCUGGGCCUGAUCGAGCCGCGCGUCUACAUCAGUGACCUGCUGGCCCACACGCAGUACACCUUCGAGAUCCAGGCCGUCAACGGCGUCUCGGACCAGAGCCCCUACUCCCCGCAGUACUCCUCCGUCAACAUCACCACCAACCAGGCCGUUCCAUCUGCUGUAUCCAUCAUGCAUCAGGUGAGCAGGACUGUUGACAGCAUCACUCUCUCCUGGUCACAGCCAGACCAGCCCAACGGGGUCAUCCUGGACUAUGAAUUGCAGUACUAUGAGAAGGACCAGACAGAGUACAACUCGUCCACGGUCAGGAGUCUGACCAACACAGCGGUCAUCCGCGGCCUCAAGCCAGGCGCUAUCUACGUGUUCCAGGUGCGUGCCCGGACCGUGGCCGGGUUCGGGCGCUACAGCGGCAAGAUGUACUUCCAAACUAUGACCGAAGAGGAGUAUAAGACCAGCCUGCAGGAGAAGCUGCCCCUCAUCAUCGGCUCAGCUGCCGCCGGCUUCGUCUUCCUCAUCGCCAUCAUCGUCAUCAUCAUCGUCUGUAACCGAAGGAGAGGCUUUGAGAGAGCAGACUCUGAGUACACAGACAAACUCCAGCACUACACCAGCGGCCACAUGUCUCCAGGAAUGAAGAUCUACAUUGACCCCUUCACAUACGAGGAUCCCAACGAAGCAGUGCGCGAGUUCGCCAAGGAGAUCGACAUCUCCUGCGUGAAAAUCGAGCAGGUCAUCGGGGCAGGGGAGUUUGGGGAGGUGUGCAGCGGUAGCCUGAAGCUCCCGGGGAAGAGGGAGAUGUUUGUGGCCAUUAAGACCCUGAAGUCGGGCUACACAGAGAAGCAGAGGCGGGACUUCCUGAGCGAGGCCAGCAUCAUGGGCCAGUUCGACCACCCAAACAUCAUCCACCUGGAGGGCGUGGUCACCAAGAGCAGCCCUGUCAUUAUCGUCACGGAGUUCAUGGAGAAUGGCUCCCUGGAUUCCUUCCUCCGGCAAAACGACGGGCAGUUCACGGUCAUCCAGCUGGUGGGCAUGCUCCGCGGCAUCGCGGCCGGCAUGAAGUACCUCUCGGACAUGAACUACGUCCACCGGGACCUGGCCGCCCGCAACAUCCUGGUCAACAGCAACCUGGUGUGCAAGGUGUCCGAUUUCGGCCUGUCCCGUUUCCUGGAGGACGACACUUCAGACCCCACCUACACCAGCGCCCUGGGCGGGAAGAUCCCUAUUCGAUGGACUGCCCCAGAAGCGAUCCAGUACAGGAAGUUCACGUCAGCCAGUGAUGUCUGGAGCUAUGGCAUUGUCAUGUGGGAGGUGAUGUCCUAUGGAGAGCGUCCGUACUGGGAUAUGACCAAUCAGGAUGUGAUCAAUGCGAUUGAGCAGGAUUACCGGUUGCCGCCGCCCAUGGACUGCCCCAGCACCCUCCACCAGCUCAUGCUGGACUGCUGGCAGAAGGACCGCAACAACCGGCCCAAAUUCAGCCAGAUCGUCAACAACCUGGACAAGAUGAUCCGUAACCCCACCAGCCUGAAGACCACCACCCCCCUCUCAUCAGGAAUUCACCUACCUCUCCUGGACCGCAGCGUGCCCGACUUCUCCAGCUUCAGCUCGGUGGAUGAGUGGCUGGAUGCCAUCAAAAUGGGCCAAUACAAAGACAACUUUGCCAACGCUGACUUCAGCAGCUUUGACAUGGUCUCCGAGAUGACUAUGGAUGACAUCCUCAGAAUCGGGGUUACGUUAGCAGGACACCAGAAGAAGAUUCUCAACAGCGUGCAGAUGAUGAGGGCCCAAAUGAAUCAGAUCCAGUCUGUAGAGGUUUGACCCUCGGGGGUGG